GAUGCGGAUGCGUUGGCUGAUAUUUUGCUUUUCUGAAUACGAUUACCAUUGCUUUGAUAUCUUGUACGAGUAUUCAUUCAGUCGUCUUGAAAUUGCAAUUGAGUAACAUCAUGAAGUUUUUGCUCUUUCUUACGGCCUUCGUUGGCAUGGCUUUGACCGAGGACUUGAAAUGCUACUCUUGCAAGGAUGCCAACCAAUUUUAUGUGCCUUGUGGUGGAGCAGUGCGGGAAAAGCUCGAAUUGUGCAACAUUCCAGUUUGCACAAACAUGCAAAUCAUUGAUGAAAACAACCAGACCCUGUUGUGGAAAGGCUGUGGAGAUUUUGGUUUGACUGACGUUCUUGGAAAUAUUUUCCCAGUUAACACGUUUUGGGGCUUGAUCACCACAUUCGUAAAUCUGAAUCAAUGCAUUGACUUGGGUUCGAUAAAAACUCUACAGGAUGGAUCUUCCGUGUGUUUCUGCACUGCAUCUGGGUGUAAUGGAGCCAUUGGUCAACAGAUAUAAAAGCCCCACCAAGAUGCCCUCGGUGAACUGAAGAAUUGCACUGGAAAAGAUCCUGACGUUAUUAAAGCAAUGUGCAUGAUUGUGGAUUUGAUCUGGCAAUUGAAGCGCGAAAAAGUCGCACUUGAUCAAAUUAAUCUAAACAAAUGACAACUCCCUACUUACCUUGAAAUGAAGACUCCACAACUUGCACCCCAUCUCAAACCCUCAAAAUAUGUGAAUCAUUGUAAUACUAGCUGAAGCGAAAUCGGUCGGCUUGAUGAAGAAUGAAUUCAUACUUCAGAUCGAGCUUUGUCAUGUUCGGAUUAAUUAUAUUUCUACUGAAUG